AUGGCUCAAAUCCUCUUCUUCCUCCUCCUCCUCCUCGCUCUCACAACAUCAGGCCUCCGCAUCGAGUUCAUCGACCGCUUCUCACCGCACUCUCCCUUCAAUGAGACAGCCAAACCAGGCAGUCUUACAGAAAAACUCAUCCGACAAUCUCAAGCGCGCAUGUCUCGUAUCAAAGAGAUCACCUCCACUCAAGUCAACAAAACUACCAUCCACCCUCCUUUUUUUGAGGACCAAAGCCUUUACCUUGCAGUCGUUGGCAUCGGCACAGGACAAGACGACCGAAUGUACUAUCUCGAAAUGGACACCGGCAGUGGCGUCACCUGGAUACAAUGUAAACCUUGCAAUCCGUGCUUUCCCGAGCAGAUUGGGACUUUUAAUCCUCCUGAUUCUCCGACGUACCGGAAAAUGGCCUGUGAUGAUCCACUUUGUGUACAUCCAUAUGCGUGUAUAACUGGCGUUUGUAAGUAUGUUAUUACGUAUGCCGAUCAGUCGUGGGUUGAAGGUGAUCUAUCGAGAGAGACGUUCUACUUCCACAAUUCGAGUGGGGAGUUUGAGACAUUCCAGGGCUUGGCAUAUGGUUGCACACACCGGUACCAAGGACUGGAAGAAUACACUGGCGUGCCCUCCGGCAUCCUCGGCCUAGAUUCAAGCCCACAUUCUUUAGUCAAUCAGCUGAUUGAUGACACCCACGGUAGAUUCUCCUAUUGCCUCUUCCCUCCACAAGUUGAGAAAGUCAAAUCCUUAGCCUUCGGCGAUGACAUUGUCAUGAACGGUGAUGUUCAAACGACUCCGAUACUGCACAGUGAUGGUUUCUACUAUCUCAAACUCAACGAUAUCAGCAUCGAUGGCCAACCCAUGAAUUUCCCACCGGGGACUUUUGACCGUCAAGCUGAUGGGACUGGAGGAUGCAUCAUCGACUCAGGGGCUGCGAUGAGUUAUUUAGCCGGAGGCCCUUAUGAUGUUGUGAGGAAUAAGCUCCAAAGCAUUUUUACGCUUCUAGGUCUUGUCCCGGAUGAUACAGCGUCUGAUGACCUUGACCUCUGCUACCAUAUGCGAGAGCAGCCGGGUCUUGAUUAUUUGCCUUCCUUGACUUUCAACCUACAAGAUGCGGAUCUUCUUGUCAGGCCAGAGCAGCUGUACGUGACGAAUGACCAGGCCCGGGUGUUUUGCCUCGGGAUUUUUCGGGACGACAGGACUGACAUCGGAGCGCACCAGCAGUUCAAUACAAGGUUCACUUACGAUCUUAUUAACUGGCAGUUGUCGUUUGUUCCUGAGGAUUGUGGCGCGUGA